GGCCUGUGGAAAGAAAGGUGCUUGUGAAUCUUCAGAAGUUAGAUGUGGCUCAAGAUAGUCUGGGCAACUAUGGUUUCUUCACAUUGGUUUACAAUCAAGGCUUUGAAAUUGUGAUAAAUGGUUACAAGUGGUUUGCAUUUUUUAAGUACAAAAAAGAAGGCCAGAAUGUAACAAGCUACUGUAAUGAGACUCUACCAGGAUGGGUACAUGAUGUGCUUGGCCACAAUUGGGGUUGUUUCAGUGGACAGAAGAUCUCUUCAUCUGCCUCAGAUGUUCACAUAAAUGAACUACCUCUACAGAAGCCCAGAGGAAGAGUUUCAAGCAGACGUUACGUGCACAACUUUGACUUUGUAGAUGCUAUCAAUGCUCGUCAGAAGUCCUGGAGAGCAACAAGAUACAAGGAUUAUGAAAACUUUGCCCUGGAAGAAUUAACUAGAAGAGCUGGGGGUCUCUAUUCCAGAGCUCCAAGAACAAAGCCUGCACCUCUAACACCUGAGUUACUCAAAAAAGUUUCAAGCUUGCCAGAAUCCUGGGACUGGAGAAAUGUGAAUGGUGUAAAUUAUGUCAGCCCUGUCCGGAAUCAAGGCUCAUGUGGCAGCUGUUAUGCCUUUGCCUCCAUGGGCAUGCUGGAAGCAAGAAUACGUAUCCUCACUAACAACACUCAGACCCCAGUCUUUAGUCCUCAGCAGGUUGUGUCGUGCAGCCAGUAUUCUCAGGGUUGUGAUGGUGGCUUCCCCUACCUCAUUGCUGGAAAGUAUGUUCAAGACUUUGGUGUGGUGGAAGAAGACUGCUUCCCUUACACAGCCCAAGAUUCUCCAUGCACUUUCAAGCGCAGCUGUUACCACUACUACACUUCUGAGUACCACUAUGUUGGUGGUUUCUAUGGAGGCUGCAAUGAAGCCCUUAUGAAACUUGAGCUGGUUCUCCACGGGCCAAUGGCUGUUGCCUUUGAGGUUUAUGAUGAUUUCAUGCUGUAUAAAGAGGGGAUCUACCAUCACACUGGGCUGCAGGAUGACUUCAAUCCUUUUGAAUUGACUAAUCAUGCUGUCUUGCUGGUGGGCUAUGGUACAGACCCAAAAAGUGGUGAGAAGUUCUGGAUUGUGAAGAACAGCUGGGGCACCUCAUGGGGAGAAGAGGGUUACUUCAGAAUCCGACGUGGCGCUGAUGAAUGUGCAAUUGAAAGCAUUGCAGUGGCUGCAACUCCUAUUCCAAAAUUAUAAAUGCAGAGCUCUUCAUGCAGUGCCUUGUCCCAACAAUAAGAACGUACUGAUUGUUAGAAACUGCAGGUAAAAUCUGUCCCCUAGCUUGAACAGGGGAGCUGAACGAAAUUUUCCAGAACAGAGCAAGCAGUUCCCUUAGAUGAAAGGAUGAACACUGUUAGUUCUGCUCUGUGCACUGAAG